AUGUAUAACCCCAAAACUUCUUUGCUAUUCCAUAUUCCAUCAUUUUGUAGUACGAAACUGCUAUGUGAUUUGAUGCAAAAUAAUAAUCAAAUGCGGUCAGAUACUGCUUUAUGGAGCAGUACAUCAUGCCAAUAUUAUUGUCAUCAAGUUAACGUGAAUGAAAUUUUCAUCGCAUCGUCGAAUGGCUCGUACAUUAGUUAG